CUGAGCUCCUUCCUGGCCGCUUCCCCGGUCUGGCUUUUUGCUUUCCUUCCAGGUCAUGGAGGGGGUGUGGCAGUCGCUACCGGGGAGGGAAAUUGUGAUGGGCUUGCAAAACGGCCGCUGGCUUCUCUGACCCCAUGGCGGCAGCAAAGGUACCAGUCCUUUUCAGAAGAGACCAUGGAGCAGCGGCUACAGCAGGCCCAGCAGUUCAAGGAGGAAGGGAACUGCUAUUACAAAGAAGGGCGUUUCCGUGAUGCCGUGAGUCGUUACCACUGGGCCCUUCUGCAGGUGAAAGGGCUGGAUCCCAGCGUGCCUUCUCCUCUACAGGAAUUUGGUGGAGAGAGGCUUCAUGUAACCCUUGAACAGGAACAAGCGCUCCACAGAACCCAAAGCGACUGCUAUAACAAUCUUGCUGCUUGUCUCCUCCACAUGGAACCUGUGAACUAUGAGCGGGUGAAAGACUACAGUCUAAAGGUCCUGGAAAGACAACCGGAGAACACAAAGGCCCUGUACCGUGCCGGAGUGGCAUUCUACCACCUUCGGGAUUACGACAAAGCACGCCAUUAUCUCCUGGAAGCUAUUGGCAAACAGCCCAAAGAUGCCAGUGUGAAGCGUUACUUGCAGUUGACGGAGUCCCAGCUGAACAGCUGCCACCAAAAGGAGAAGCAGCUUUAUAUGGGAAUGUUUGGGUAGAGGCCGUAAUUCCUGACCAGAUGUACUUAGAUGUAGAGUCGCCCUGGAUCCCGCUGUUCUUAUGGGCUCUUAUCUGGUCACUGGCUCUGAAGAUUUCGGAUGUGUCAUGCCUUGAAAAAAAAUGUGCUUAAUAGCCAAUUUAGCCUUUGAGGAUAUGAAGAAAGAAGGACUUGAUAACUUUCUCAACUGUCAUCAUUUUGGAAUAGAAAUGGAUUUUGGGGUGGAUUGUACAAUCCUGUAAUAGUUCCCACCUUCCACUACAGCUUAAGCAAAAACCAUAGUAGGUUCAUAAACUGCUUUGGGAAUUCCA